AUGGAUACCUGUACUUUUGACAACUGGGCUGCGAACUACAAAAAUUUACGCAAAGAAAAUUAUCUGGGUCAUGGAAAGUUUAAUCCAAAUUCACUGGUUGGAGAAUGUCUUGUUGUCCGGUGGGCCCAGUUUUGCAUUCGUGGUGCACUGCAGCGAACCCACUAUGCGCGCGGAUGGGGCGCUGAGCAAAAGCAGCAUUGA